AUGCAGUUACUGUCCAAGAGUGAUCUGGCGGGGCAGAAGACACGUGCCCCAAAGCUGAGGGGUGACUGGGAGCUGCAACUGCCGCUGAAGUCAGCUGGCUCAGGUGGCUGCUCGUCAUGGAUUUUGGAGUUUAUUAGCCUGGCAGUGGGGCUGGUGAGCAUCCGUGGGGUGGACUCAGGACUCUACCUCGGCAUGAAUGAGAGAGGCGAGCUGUAUGGGUCGAAGAAGCUCACCCGGGAGUGCGUUUUCCGAGAGCAGUUUGAAGAGAACUGGUACAACACAUACGCCUCAACCCUCUACAAGCAUCCCGACUCGGAGAGGCAUUACUACGUGGCUCUGAACAAGGACGGCUCCCCCCGAGAGGGGUACAGGACUAAGAGACAUCAGAAAUUCACUCAUUUCUUACCCAGGCCUGUGGACCCUGCCAAAAUACCCGCGAUGUACAGAGACCUCUUCCACUACAGGUGAUGUUCCCUGCAGCCGCCCCGUCAGUGUACAUACGUGGGCUCCCAAGCUUCUUCCCAGAGCACUCUAUUAGUAGUCAUU